UUUCCUCUGAACACUUCUGAGCAGAGAAAUCACUCCUACUCCAACCAGGAGUUUUCCCACCCCCCGGGUAGCCUCUGCUGUGAAGAGCUUAUACUUGGAACAAAAGAAGGAAGACCAAGGACAAUACAACAAAAGAGAUGGCAAGAAAGAAGUUGAAAUAUUUCACGAGUUUGGAGCUUAUGCUCAGUGUUCUUCUGCUUGUGGUGUUUAUCAUCACUAUUCCUCUGUUUGUGCUUUCAGCCAUGGAUUCUUCAGAAUCUAAAGAUCCUGGGACAACGAGUACCACCCCGGGUUCUGCUGAGUGCCCAGUGGUCAAUGAAGUGGAACGGAUAAACUGCAUCCCUGACCAGCCACCAACAAAGGCCACAUGUGAUCAGCGUGGGUGCUGCUGGAGACCGCAGGGGACCAUAAGUGUGCCCUGGUGCUACUAUUCUAAAAGCCAUGGUUAUCAAAUGGAGGGUGACCUUGUAAAAACAAAUGCAGGAUUCACAGCCCAGUUGGACAGGUUGCCUUCUCCAUCCCUGUUUGGAAAUGAUGUCAACAAUGUCCUUCUCACAGCAGAAUACCAGACAGCCAACCGUUUCCACUUUAAGUUGACCGACCAGAGCAAGGACAGGUAUGAAGUGCCCCAUGAACAUGUGCAACCCUUCAAAGGAAAUGCUGCUUCUCCUUUGACCUAUGAGGUUGUUAUCUCCAAACAGCCAUUUAGCAUCAAAGUGAUCAGAAGAAGCAAUAAUCGUGUCCUGUUGGACUCAAGCAUCGGACCCCUCCUGUUUGCCGAUCAGUUCCUGCAGUUCUCCGCCCGACUGCCCAGUCCUAACGUGUAUGGUCUGGGAGAACAUGUGCACCGACAGUACCGGCAUGACAUGAAUUGGAAGACCUGGUCCAUGUUUGCCAGGGACACAAUCCCCAAUGGGGAUGGAACUAACUUGUAUGGUACACAGACAUUCUUCCUGUGUCUUGAAGAUGCCAGCGGAUUGUCCUUUGGACUGUUUCUGAUGAAUAGCAAUGCCAUGGAGGUUACCCUCCAGCCUGCCCCAGCUGUCACUUACCGCACCAUCGGAGGCAUCCUUGACUUCUAUGUGUUUUUGGGAAACACUCCAGAGCAAGUUGUUCAAGAAUAUGUAGAGCUCAUUGGACGGCCAGCCCUUCCCUCAUACUGGGCACUUGGAUUUCAUCUCAGUCGGUAUGAUUAUGGAACCCUACAGAGCAUGAGAGAAGUCGUGGAGAGAAACCGUGCCGCACAGCUCCCUUACGAUGUUCAGCAUGCUGAUAUUGAUUAUAUGGACGAGAGGAAGGACUUCACUUAUGACCCAGUAAAUUUUAAAGGCUUCCCUGAGUUUGUUAAGGAGUUACACAAUAAUGGACAGAAAUUGGUCAUCAUUGUGGAUCCAGCCAUCUCCAACAACUCUUCCCCAAACAACCCCUAUGGCCCGUAUGACAGGGGUUCAGAUGCGAAGAUAUGGGUGAAUGUUUCAGAUGGGGUGACUCCGCUCAUUGGGGAGGUCUGGCCUGGAAAAACUGUGUUUCCUGAUUAUACCAACCCCAACUGUGCUGUUUGGUGGGCAAAGGAAUUUGAGCUUUUCUACAAGCAAGUGGAGUUUGAUGGAAUCUGGAUUGAUAUGAAUGAAGUUUCCAACUUCGUUGAUGGUUCUGUUUCAGGAUGUUCCACGAGCAACCUAAAUUACCCCCCAUUCACUCCCAGAAUCCUGGAUGGGUACCUGUUCUGCAGGAGCCUCUGCAUGGAUGCAGUGCAGCACUGGGGCAAGCAGUACGAUGUCCACAAUCUGUACGGCUACUCCAUGGCGAUUGCCACCACGCAAGCUGUCAAGACUGUGUUCCCUAAUAAGAGAAGCUUCAUUAUAACCCGUUCGACCUUUGCGGGAUCUGGCAAGUUUGCAGCCCAUUGGUUAGGAGACAACGCAGCCACCUGGAAUGAUUUCCGGUGGUCUAUCCCUGGCAUGCUCGAGUUCAACCUUUUUGGUAUCCCAAUGGUCGGUGCUGACAUAUGUGGCUUUGCAUUGGAUGCCCCCGAGGAGCUCUGCAGGCGGUGGAUGCAGCUGGGAGCGUUUUAUCCAUUUUCCAGGAAUCACAAUGGCCAAGGCUACAAGGCCCAGGAUCCUGCCUCCUUUGGAGCUACCUCCCUGCUGCUGAAUUCCUCCAGGCACUACCUUACCAUCCGCUACACCCUGUUACCCUACCUCUAUACCCUCUUCUAUUGGGCCCACAGCCGGGGGGACACGGUGGCCAGGCCCCUUCUGCAUGAGUUCUACAGGGACAGCAACACGUGGGAUGUACACCAACAGUUUUUAUGGGGACCUGGCCUCCUUAUCACUCCAGUUCUGGAAGAGGGUGCCGAGAAAGUGAUGGCUUAUAUGCCCGAUGCCAUCUGGUAUGAUUACGAGACUGGGGCCCGAACGAGAUGGAGGAAGCAAAGAGUGGAGAUGGAACUUCCUGGAGACAAAAUCGGACUCCACCUUCGCGGAGGCCAUGUAUUCCCCACACAACAGCCCGCCACCACCACUGUGGUCAGGCAUCUGAAAGAGAUGUUUUCAAGACUGUUCCUGCCAUUCACUGUAGAUCUCUUCCCCAAAAAACGCUUCUGUACAAAUAUCAAUGAUAUGAAACAUACCCAUGCCGAUACUGUGGCCAGUAAAAUCUAUCUCUUAUGUGAGUUUUCUGUCACCCAAAACCGCUUGGAUGUGAAGAUUUUGCAGUCAACCUACAAAGACCCCAAUAAUUUAGUAUUUAAAGAGAUUAAAAUUCUUGGGAUCCAGGAGCCUAACAAUGUUAUAGUGAAACACAAUGGUGUCCCAAGUCAGAUUUCUCCUAAUGUCACUUAUGAUUCUAACCUACAGGUCGCCCUUAUCACGGAAAUUGAUCUUGUCCUGGGAGAAGCAUACACAGUGGAGUGGGGCCUGAAGAUAAGGGAUGCAGAAAAAAUAGACUGUUAUCCCGAUGAGAGUGGUGCUUCUGCAGAAAACUGUACUGCCCGUGGCUGUGCCUGGGAGGCACCUAGUUCUCCUGAGGUCCCAUUUUGUUAUUUUGUCAAUGACCUGUACUCUGUCGGCGACAUUCAGUACGACUCACGUGGUGCCACUGCUACCGUCUCAUUAAAGUCUUCUUUAUAUGCCUCCGCUCUGCCCUCGGUACCCGUGACCUCCCUCCGUGUGCAAGUGACCUACCAUAAGAACGACAUGGUGCAGUUUAAGAUUUAUGAUCCUAACAACAAUCGGUAUGAAGUCCCGGUGCCUCUCAACAUACCCAGGGUUCCAUCCAGCACCACAGAGGGUCAGCUAUAUGAUGUCCUCAUCAAGAAGAAUCCGUUUGGGAUUGAAAUUCGCCGGAAGAGUACAGGCUCGGUAAUUUGGGACUCUCAGCUCCUUGGCUUUACCUUCAAUGACAUGUUCAUCCGCAUCUCCAUUCGCCUUCCCUCCCAAUAUGUCUAUGGCUUUGGGGAAACCGAGCACACAGCCUUUCGGAGAGACUUGAACUGGCACACGUGGGGGAUGUUCUCCCGAGACCAACCCCCGGGGUACAAGAAGAAUUCCUAUGGCGUCCACCCCUACUACAUGGCACUGGAGCAGGAUGGCAGUGCCCAUGGGGUGCUCCUGCUAAACAGCAACGCCAUGGAUGUGACAUUCCAGCCCCUGCCUGCCUUGACGUACCGCACCAUAGGGGGAAUUCUGGACUUUUAUGUGUUCUUGGGGCCAACUCCCGAGCUUGUCACUCAGCAGUAUACUGAGUUGAUCGGUCGGCCAGUGAUGGUUCCUUACUGGGCCUUGGGAUUUCAGCUGUGUCGCUAUGGAUACCAGAAUGACUCUGAGAUUGCCAGCUUGUAUGAUGAGAUGGUGGCUGCCCAGAUUCCUUAUGACGUUCAGUACUCAGACAUCGACUACAUGGAGCGGCAGCUGGACUUCACCCUCAGCCCCAAGUUUGCAGGAUUUCCAGCUCUGAUCACUCGCAUGAAGGCCGACGGGAUGCGGGUCAUCCUUAUUCUGGACCCAGCCAUUUCUGGGAACGAGACACAGCCCUAUCCUGCAUUCACCCGGGGCGUGGAGGAUGAUGUCUUCAUCAAAGCUCCAAAUGGUGGCGGCAUUGUCUGGGGAAAGGUGUGGCCUGAUUUCCCUAAUGUCAUUGUAAACGGGUCUCUAGACUGGGAGAGUCAAGUGGAGCAAUACCGAGCUUACGUGGCCUUCCCAGACUUUUUCCGUAAUUCAACUGCCACAUGGUGGAAGAGGGAGAUGCGAGAACUAUAUACCAAUCCACGGGAUCCAGAGAAGAGCUUGAAGUUUGAUGGCAUAUGGAUUGAUAUGAAUGAGCCGGCGAGUUUUGUGAAUGGAGCAGUGCCCCCAGGCUGCAGGGAUGCCACUCUGAACCACCCUCCCUAUAUGCCACAUUUGGAGUCCAGGGCCCUGGGCCUUAGCAGCAAGACCCUGUGCAUGGAGAGUCAGCAGAUCCUGCCAGACGGCUCACGGGUGCGACACUAUGACGUGCACAGCCUGUACGGAUGGGCCCAGACCAGACCCACCUACGAAGCUGUGCAGGAAGUGACGGGACAGAGAGGGAUUGUCAUCACCCGCUCCACAUUCCCCUCUUCUGGCCGCUGGGGAGGUCACUGGCUGGGAGACAACACAGCUGCCUGGGACCAGCUGAAGAAGUCUAUCAUUGGCAUGUUGGAGUUCAGCCUCUUUGGCAUAUCUUAUACAGGAGCAGAUAUUUGUGGAUUCUUUCAAGAUGCUGAAUAUGAGAUGUGUGCUCGCUGGAUGCAACUGGGGGCCUUUUACCCCUUCUCGAGGAACCACAACACCAUUGGGACCAGGAGGCAAGACCCUGUGUCCUGGGAUGCAACCUUUGUGAAUAUCUCCAGAAGUGUCCUGAAGACCAGAUAUACCCUGUUGCCAUAUCUCUACACCCUGAUGCACAUGGCCCACACGGAGGGCAGCACUGUCGUCCGGCCUCUUCUCCAUGAGUUCGUGUCAGACCGGGUGACCUGGGAUGUGGACCGUCAGUUUCUGCUGGGCCCAGCCUUCCUGGUCAGCCCUGUCCUGGAGGCUAAUGCCCGAAACGUCACUGCAUAUUUCCCCAGAGCCCGCUGGUAUGAUUACUACACGGGUGUGGACAUCAAAGCAAGGGGAGAAUGGAAGGCCUUGCUGGCCCCUCUUGACCACAUUAAUCUACACGUCCGUGGGGGCUUCAUCCUGCCCUGGCAAGAGCCUGCACAGAACACCCACUUAAGCCGUCAGAAAUUCAUUGGCUUCAAGGUUGCCUUGGAUGAUGAGGGGACUGCUAAAGGUUGGCUGUUCUGGGAUGAUGGGCAAAGCAUUGAUACCUAUGGAAAAGGACUCUAUUACCUGGCCAACUUUUCCGCCAGCCAAAAUACGAUGCAGAGUCAUAUAAUUUUCAACAAAUAUAUCACCGAUACAAACCCUUUGAAACUGGGCUACGUGGAGAUCUGGGGAGUGGGCAGCGUCUCCAUUUCCAGUGUCAGCAUCUCUGCGAGCGGCAUGGUGAUCACACCCACCUUCACUUAUAACCCUGCAUCACAGGUGUUAAGCAUUGAUAUGACCAGCACAGACAUCAGCCUCCAUAAGUUCGUUUCACUGACGUGGAGAAGCACUCUGAAUUUUUAGAGCAAGAUACUGAUGAACAGCUUUGAAACUACUUAUACUUCAUGCUCAUAAAAUUAUUGUGUGGUGUUAAUUGGCUCAUGCCCAGUACGGGUAAAGUAUUUUAUUAAUUUUGUUACGUAUUUUGUCUGUGUCUUAGCUCUGUGGGAUAGGCCAUAGGGAAGUAUUGGAAAUCUGUGAGUUGUCUGACUGUCCCUGUGUGAUUAACAUGGUAAUGAUGGCCCAUCACACAAUAGCCCCUGAAGAGGCACUGGGUCCAUGGUGAAGUUGCACGUAUGUGUGUAUGUAUGUGUGUAAUCAGGGAAUGGGCCCCACUCUUGCUAAAUACAUAAGAAAAAGCUUGCCAGGUCAGUUCCAGGCCCUAGGGUUGACUAAGGCCUCAAGAAAGUAUCAAGAAAGAACAUCCGUUUGUUGGUUAUAGGGAGAAGGGAGCAAUAGCAUGACAUAGGGAAAGGAAAGGUCAGCAGGAAAGGUGAGAGGAAACAGAAGAUGGUGAUUAAAAACAAUCCUCACAUGUAAGAAGAAAACGCAAAAAUCUCAGGAAUAGUUAGCCUCAUGGGGAGGAGGAAGGAAGGAGCCUACUCAUGUGAAAGCAGGGAGAUGGGGUGGGGUGGGGGGACACUUAGCAUAUGGGAAGUGGGGUGAGGAUGAGAUUUAAGCAGGCAAAGCUGAGGGAGGGAGUUUGAACGUAAAAAAUGUAACUUAUCUUUGCAGUGGUGUGCUUUGAAAUGUGUAAAAUUAUUUCCUUGCUCUGUGCCUAACAUACAUAACCACAUUUCACACAAACGCAUGCAACUUAAAUGCCAGAGAAAAAUAAAACAAGCAAAUUUACAAGAAA